UUUCUACGAAGAAAAGUCGUGUUAUGGAGGAAUGGCCCAUUUUGGAAGAAUCAAUUUUAGCUAUACAAAAUCAAAAACCCAAUAAGACGAGUUUAGAAGAACUGUAUCAAAUUGUUGAAAAUAUAGCUGUGGCCGAUUCAUCCCUUGAUAUUUAUGAUAAUGUAAAAUCUUUUGUAUCAAAUUAUGUGAAAUCAAAGCGUGAAAUCUUGCUAACAGAAUCUGAUGCGGCUUCGUCAUUUCUUGAGCGUCUUAAUUUCAUUUGGUUACAGCAUUGUCAGCAAAUGGAACUAAAGAAAUAUCUCCUUAAUUUGCUACGCCAGGAUUUGGGCUUGGACAUAUUUCGCAAUGUGAUUAUGGAAAAUCAAAAUAUACGAACUCGUUGUACUAAAGAAAUGUUAAAAUUAAUUUCUAUGGAAAGGGGAAAUGCUCGAAUCGAUCGGCAGCUGAUAAAAUCACUCAUAAGAAUGUUAUCAUAUUUGGCGAUUUACCAAAGUGUUCGUCUCUUUUUUGGAAAAUAUAUCCAAAUUUCACUUAUUAAAUAUCUUUUUAAAAGCCUUUUAAAUAUUUUUGUAUUCGAAAAUGCGUUUUUGCAAACGACAAAAGAAUUUUAUGAAUUAGAAUCAAAAAAAUUGAUCGAUGAUCUGGAAGUCCCUGAAUAUUUACAAUAUGUAAAGCGUCGUUUGGAUGAAGAAACAGUUCGUGUAGAUUAUUAUUUGGAUUAUUCCACUCAAAGACCCUUAUUAACAACUGUUGAUACAUGCUUAAUUGCUAAUCACAUGGAGAGUUUUGUUGAAAAAGUCAAUUUGCUAGGCUUUGACACAAUGGUUCUUGAAAAUCGUUUUGAUGAGCUAUCACUUAUGCAUUCAUUAUUGUCCAGGACUAAAUCAGGUCUAGAUAUACUGAAAAAAGCUUUCGUUGACCACAUAAAGAAUGAAGGCAGGAAGCUUGUGAUCAGUGAGGAUAGCGAAAAAACUUUCGUUGAUGACCUAUUAGUAUUUAAGCGCAAGUUGGAUUUAAUCAUCGAUCGCUAUAAUAUCUUAAGCUGUUUUGACAAAAAUCGCAAAUUUGUGGAGGCUGAGAAAGAUGCUUUUGAUUUCGUCAAUCUUCGGUUAAACAAGCCAGCUGAGCUUGUCGCUAAAUUUAUGGAUAGUAAAUUACGGGCUGGAAAUAAAGUCGCUACAGAAGAGGAACUUGAAGUUUUGAUGGACGAAGUGAUUGUUAUUUUCAGAUUUAUACAAGGGAAAGACGUUUUCGAAAGUUACUACAAAAAAGAUCUCGCAAAACGUUUAUUAUUUGGACGUAGUGCAUCAGUUGAUGCAGAAAAAUCAGUGCUUUCGAAAUUAAAACACGAAUGUGGAUCUGGUUUUACCAAAAAAUUAGAAGGUAUGUUCAAAGACAUGGAAGUAUCAAGAGAUAUCGCUUCUAAUUUCAAGCAGUACAUGGAGCAUGAGGAUCGGAAAGGCUUAUUGGAUAGUGAUGUCGAGUAUAGUGUUAACGUGUUGACUACCAAUUUUUGGCCUCAUUAUGAUCCGAUGGAGGUGAAUUUGCCGCAAGAACUAUCGAAGUUACAGGAAAUGUUCAAACAAUUUUAUACUUCUAAGUAUAGUGGACGAACGCUUCAAUGGCAAUAUAGUUUGUCACAACUUCUUUUGCGCGCAUAUUUCUCUCCAACGGUAACGAAAGAGCUACAAGUAUCUAUGUUUCAAGCACUCGUGCUUUUCUUAUUCAAUAAGAAAAUUGAAUGGAGUUAUGAAGAAAUUCUUAAUGCAACUAAUAUUGAAUCUAACGAACUAUGCAGAACGCUACAAUCAUUAGCUUGUGGAAAAUUACGGGUUAUCAAAAAAAAUCCUCGUGGUAAAGAUGUGAAUCCGGAUGAUAUAUUUACUUUCAACUCGGAAUGCAAUGACAAACUCUAUAGGAUUAGGAUUUGUCAAAUUCAGAUGAAAGAGACAGUAAGCGAUUUUUCGACCAUUUCUUCUUUAUUUUUCUUUUUAAUUUGCUCUUUUUUUUCUAACCAUUCUCACCAUUCUUGA